CUCUCUCUCUCUCUCUCUCGUUUUUCUUGUUGUUUUUGGUUUCUUUCAGGCGGUCUCAACAUAAUUUCCUUAGAGCCUGGAGGUUGGUGCUUAAAAAUUCUAUCUCUUUCUCUCUCAUCUUGAGCUUCAAUUUAAAGAACUAUUCGGUCUAUUCGCCCAUCCCCUUGUCUAUUAUUUUUUUUUUUCCCUUUAGAGAUUGGUUCUAUUCAGCUUGAAAUUAGUAGUAGAAUGCUAUGUAAAAAGCAGUGGUUGUUUUUAUACGCUUAGUUUGUGGGAAGCAUGAUUAUUAUAUAGCCAAGUAUCUGCAUCAAGUAUCAGGCUUGCUUCAUUUUAGUGCAAUGGGAGUUAUCUUUUUGGUUGAUCGAUGCUAGUAAGAAGAUGAUGAAAUCUAAUAAUUUCCAUGGGCGAAGUGUUGGAAAUUCUAUAAACAUUUUAGCAGAAGAGUAGGUAAAAAAUUUGGUGUUGGUUCUGAAUUUGGUGAAUAGCACAAUUUCUGGUAUCAAUUGGGAAAAUACUCUUGCCCAAUUAAAUUCUUGAUCCCUUAUUUAUUUAGUCCUUCUUGUUCAUUUUUUUCUUAUUCUCUAAAAAAAAAAAAAGAAGAUAAAAUCUGUUUUGAGGAGCUGUUGGAAGCAAUCCGGACUUGCAGAAAUGUCAGUUUUAUUUUAUUUAUUUUUUCUUUUUUUGUAAAAAUUUCAAAUUUUGAAUUCUUGUUGAGAGCAUGGCUGAGAUAAGGGUCCCCAGGGUAGAGCAAUCCCAAACCAAAAUCAAAACUGUCCCAAUAGCUGUAACCCCAGAAGGAUUUUGGUGUUGCCCUUCACCCACUGUAUUCCAAAAGACCCUCAAAACACCACAAAACCCUCCAAACAAGUCCAAACCACCUCCUCAUUCCUCCACCCAACAAAUUCCAAAAAAGCAAACCCCUUCAAACGAGAAAAAACCCGUUUCAAAUUCAUCCAGAACAAAUGCCUCUCCUGACGAGCAAAACAGUCAAAACAAAAACGACCCACAAGCUGUCAAAAGUAACCCUUCAGUGCCGUCCGAGAAGUCGCAUCGGGAAAAUCCCCCGAAAAAGGUGACAAUCGAGUUUGGCGAGCCGGGAAGUAGUGAUCUGAAGGUGAUUUUGUUAGGAAAACAGGGACUGUACGUGAAAUUGAGCGUCCACAGAAGGGUACUAAUGGAAUUUAGCAGUUUUUUCGCUAGCCGGAUAUCAGAACAGCAGCAGCCUGUUUUCCCUUAUAUCGAGAUUGAUAAUUGUGAGGAUGUCGAGAUAUACGUGGAGACUAUUGGGUUGAUGUAUUGCAGAGAAUUGAAGCAAAGGUUAAUGAAGCAAAGCGUCUCGCGUGUAUUACGAAUAUUAAAGGCUGCUCAACAUCUCGGUUUCUGCACAUGCAUCGAGUCAUGCCUCGAGUACCUAGAAGCCGCCCCUUGGGUUGGGCAAGAAGAGGAAGACAAUGUAGUCUCAUCCGUCCUCAGCCUCGAGUCCAGGGGCAUUAUCGUCCAACCCGUGCUAAAACGCGUGGUAACCCCUGAACCCCCGCCACACGAUACCCUCUCCCACGUACUCCACCUCGUCCUCACCAGCCGACACGAAAAGGGCCGUCGCGAGAUGAAAUCCACCGUCCUCAAACUCCUCAAAGAAAACGACUCCUCCGAUAAUAAUAGUAACAACCUAUCCACCGAGACCCUCUACAGUUCUUGCGAAGCCUCCCUCGACUCUCUAAUCUCCUCGUUCAGACAAGCAGCCUCUGACGCGAAUUUCGAUGACGACGAGGUCAAAAAGUCAAUUGCGCUCGAGGCAGACAACCUCGUCUGGCUGCUUGACAUUUUGACGUGUCGGCGGUCGGGGGACGGGUUUGCCGCGAUGUGGGCCCGGCAGGAUGAGCUGGCGGGGUUGCACGGUGAGGUCGCGGGUACAAUCCGGUGCCACGUCAGCGCGGUGAGCUCGAGGGUUUUUGUGGGGAUCGGUCGGGGGGAGAUAUUUGUGGGGAAGGAGGUGCGGCGGCUCUUGUUGGUGACGUGGCUGGAGCCAUUGAUGGUGGACUAUGGGUGGCUGCAAGGGGGUUGGUGCCGGUGGUUCGAUAGGGGAGCGGUGGAGGAAGGGAUUGGGAGGACGGUGCUGACGCUGCCGCUGGAGGAUCAGCAGGCGGUGAUGAUGACGUGGCUGGGGAGGUUCCUGAGGGCAGGGGAUGGAGGGUGCCCAAAUCUGCAGAGGGCGUUCGAGGUUUGGUGGAGGCGGGCUUUUGGGGCGGCGGGAAGUGGACGGUCGUGAUACUGUUUUCAAUUUUUUAUUUUUAUUUUUUUGGUUGAAUUGGGACUCG